AACACAAAGCCUUUCAAGAUGGCCCUCUUCAGCAUCCUUAGAAUCAUUCUUCUUUGGGGACUGGUGCUUUUUUUGGAACACAAGGUCCAAAUGUCAAAGACAGGGCAGCAGUCCUCUAUUGCCCUCUUGACUGAGGCCCCUACUUUGCCCUUGAUUCAGGAGCUGCUAGAUGAAGCCCCUGGCAAGGAGCAUAAGAAGCCACAGGUUCUAGGGCAUCCCCUGCGGUACAUGCUGGAGUUGUAUCACCGUUCAGCUGACCUAUAUGGACAUCCCAGGGAGAAUCGCACCAUAGGAGCCACCAUGGUGAGGCUGGUGAGGCCCAUGGCCAAUGUAGCAAGACCUCUCAGAGGCCCCUGGCACACACAGAACCUGGACUUUCCUCUGAGACCAAACCAGGUAGCAUACCGACUAGUCAGAGCCACUGUGGUUUAUCGUCAUCAACUCCACCUAACCCACUUCCACCUCUCCUGCCAUGUGGAGCCCUGGGUCCAGAAAAGCCCAGACAACCACUUUCCUUCUUCAGAAGGAAGUUCCUUAAAGCCUUCUAUGAUGUCUAAAGCUUGGACAGAGAUGGAUAUCACACAACAUGUUCAGCAAAGGCUCUGGAAUCACAAGGGGCGCAGGAUCCUUCACCUCCGUUUCAUGUGUCAACAGCAAAAACGUAGUGAGAUUCUUCAGCUCCAGUGGCGUGGUACUUCAUCCUUGGAUGUAGCCUUCUUGUUGCUCUAUUUCAAUGAUACUCAUACAAACAAUCAGAAGGCCAAACCUCUCUCUAGAGGUCUGGAGGAAUUUAUGGAAAGCGAAUCUCCCCUUCUCUUGCGAAGAGUGCGUCAAGCAGGCAGUAUUGGGUCUGAGGUUCCUGGCCCCUCCUGGAAGCAUGAUGGGCCUGAAAAUAACCAGUGUUCCCUCUACCCUUUCCAAGUCAGCUUCCACCAGCUGGGCUGGGAUCAUUGGAUCAUUGCUCCUCAUCGCUAUACCCCAAACUAUUGUAAGGGAACCUGUCCCCGAGUACUACGCUAUGGUCUCAACUCCCCUAAUCACGCCAUUAUCCAGAACCUUGUCAAUGAGCUGGUAGACCAGAGUGUCCCUCAACCCUCCUGUGUCCCUUAUAAGUAUGUUCCCAUUAGCAUCCUUCUGAUUGAGGCAAAUGGGAAUAUUUUGUACAAGGAGUAUGAGGAUAUGAUUGCCCAGUCUUGUACAUGCAGGUGACGGCAAAAAUACAGCUAGCCCAGGUUUCUCAAGAAUUUGGAGAAGGGUUUAAUACAAAAAAAUCAAUGUUAAGGCUGCAAGUUCUUUUACCUAAUCUAUAGUUUCUGUUCCUUGUUUUAAUUGGCAUUAUUUUAGUCUUUUCCCCAAUUGUGAGCUGUCCAGUUUAUAAAAGUUUUACAAAUACAAAUUUUCCCAGCAUAGCAUAAAUCAAUACAGUUUAACCACUAGUCGGAGCCCUUAAUAUUUUGGUAAACUAUUCCCUUAGAGAUGCACUUUCUAUUUUCUUGUCUUUCCUUAUUGCAACUUUGUCAAAAGUCACCAGUCUACAACAGUAGACCUUUAGCAAUUGUCUCACCAAGACCUGGGGAAGGUGUGCUCAUCCUAGUGUCCCUCUUCUGAGGAUAUAGAAGAUUUGGGGUGAAAGUAGUUUGAAAUUUUAUUCUCCGCUUCCUUGACUCCUACAUCUUAGAAACUACUAGUACUUCUAAUCAAAUAGACUGCUUGUUCGUGUGCUUUCUAAAAAAUUUUCUCAGAUGGACUAGAAAACUUAGGUUACAGUCUCUAUAAGCAAUCCUUAGAAGAAACACAAAGAAGGAAAUAUUUUUCUAAGAUAGCAGCGCUUUUUCUCUCAAUCUCUGAAUCUGGGAAAAGUGCUUGGGAUUCCUUCCUAUCCUAGGGUAAGAACAGCAAGCAGCCUUUAAUGAAGCCCCCAAGGAAACUUGAGUUUGGAGCUGUCUGAGAUGGCAAUCACUUCAAAACUACCUGUGUUUAUGAUAAAGAGAGAAAAAGCUAACAUUACUGAUUGGUAUUAUACAUGGAUGGGUUAUUUUAAACUUUCUAUAGAACAAUAGAUUUCAUAAGGUAUUUUCUUAUUUUAUGUAACACACACCUGUUAAUUAUCAAAAACAAACAAAAGCAAAACAAAACAAACAAACAAAAAAACACCUUUCUGGUGGCUCUGAAGCUGAGAGUUGACCUGAUUGGGGAUGGAGGGAGGUAAAGUGCUGUGGAGAAAGGUGAAAUGUACCUGAAGCUGACUUCAUCCUGGGCUUACCUGUUUUGUGUGUUCAGUUUGGCUCUGGGCAUGGGUCUCCGAGGGAAAUGGAUUUACUGUCUUUGGGAGGAAGGAAACUGCCUUGGCCUAUGAGAUGCUUGUAGUAUGUCUUUAUUCCACUCUGAUGUUGUAUUUAAGUGAUGGA